UGUUGUUCAUUUACUUCACAUGUAUAUCUACUGUCCAGACUACUGACUGUCUGCACUUGAGGGAGCAAUGUAUUAAUGCUGGAAAUGGAUGUGAGAGUGUCUGGAAUGUGGUUGAAGAUGCCUGCAAUAUUUCAGUUCUAGGUAAUAGAUGCAAGGCAGAAGACAGUGUUGGAUGUAAUAGAAUAAUCCAUGUCCUGGCUGAUGAAUACCCAGAAUUUAGAAACUGUGUCUGCACUACAGACGAUAUCUGUAGCAUCACAACUUUGCUUGGGGAACUGUGCAGCAUCAACAAAGACUAUUUGGAGUCUCCCUCGGGGUCGGACCCUGAGCUGGGUGUCAGGCCCCCCAGGAGCCCCGCGGAUCCGGGGAGCUGCAGCGUGGCGAGGCGGCUGUGUCGGGAGCAGCCGCGCUGCUGGGCCGCGCACCGGAGCUUCCAGCGGCACUGCCGGGCACCCGCGGGCACCUGCAGCUCCCCCCGGCCCGCCAGCUGCCUGCUGGCCUGGAAAGAGCUGAGCACAACGCCCCUGGGAAGGUGCACCUGCCCAGAGCCGCGUCGGGCGAGAUGCAUCACAAUCUGGAAGGGAAUAUUCAACAACCCUUGCUUACAGCACUCACAGGAGAGCCAGGCCUCGGGAGCUGGUGACAGUGAUGGCAGUGAUGAUGACGAUAAUGCUGAUCUUGAUGGUGAGAAAAAUCUGGUCACGGACACAAACAAUAUUAGUAUGGAAACAAAAUUACAAUGGGGUUUAUCUGCUCUCUCCAAACAAGCACACACAACAAACAGGACCUGUUUGGAUGUGAACAGGGAGUGUGUUGAAGAUGAAGUGUGUAACAAACAGCUGUCCCUGUACCUAAAACUGUGCUCAGUAAAUAAGAAGUGCAAUGUGGAAGGAUGUCAAGCAGCCAUAAGGUUCUUCUAUGGAAACAUGCCUUUUGAAGUUGCCCAAAUGAUGAUAUUUUGUGACUGCAUCCAGCAUGAUGAAUCCUGCUACAGAGCCAAAGAACUUCUCCAUGGCAAGCCCUGUGCAGUUACUGUAGUUCCACCCCCAUCAUGUCUGAAUGUAAUCCAGAUGUGUGAAGAGAAUGAAUUGUGCAGGAAAAAAUACACAACUUUUCGGUCAAAGUGUUGGAGACACGUGACAAAAAAAUGUUACAAUGACGAAGCUUGUCUUGAAACUUUGCUCAAGGAUGACGUGCCCUGUUCUGCCACUGCUGAUUGCAAAGCAGCCUUCGUCAGCAGCUGGGGCACGAUGCUGCUCACAGAGUGCACCUGCCAAAACGUGCCUGCCGUGGAGCAGCCUUUGUGUGAGCUCUUCCACCACAUGCUGCACAGCAAAUCCUGCUUCAGGGACUUGCGUCAAAUUUCUAUUCAGAAGAAGGGUUUUCACUGGGUAAAUACAGAAAUGCCAAGGGAAAAGAUUUCCGGAGCGCAGCUCCAUUCUUCUGCAAUUAAUGGUGAAACUGUCUACAUUAUUGCUUACUCCUCCUGCAUAGCUCUCAUCCUAGGAAUAGUCCUGUUGACUCUCCUAAAGAUCAGGCAAGACACGAAGUGCCUGAUUGUUCCCUUGCACUGUUCUGGGAGCCAUGGUCCCAAACACCAUCCUGGAUCCCACCUUGUCCCUAGGAGCUCUGGAUUUCUCUCUAUAGCUGCGUUGUUUGGCUAGAUUUCAGCUUCUAUUUACUACCAGUGAGUUGUCUUUGUUAAAUCUUUGUGACAAUCUAGUCCUGGUGAGCACAAAAGAAUGGACUGCUGUUUCUUAUUCAGCUGUUACCAUGAAUAGCACAUGUAUUGCCUUGUUAUUUCAAAUGUGAUUAGUUUCAAUUUUGUUUGAAUUAUCACUAAAUGUAGCUCACCUCCAGUUUUGACCAUGAGACCAAUGGUCUAGGGCCACAUCUAGUGCUAGAUGAUUGAUCUAGGACUAGAAAUUAACGUGAUCAGAAAAGCAAGAAUCUCUACUCUUCUAUGUGACUCUUGCUUCUGGCUUUGGUAGCUUGAAAAGUUAUUACUGUAGAGCAAAAUCUUAAGUGUGCAGUUCUGUUGGGGAGAGGCUUAGAAAUCUUACACAAUUAUUACAACAUGGACUUUCUCUGUCUCUGUUAUCUGCAUAAACCAAAGAAAGUCCUUUUUGUUUUGCAAUCAAAUGUUCUGUCAUUACAAAAUCAGCAUUUGGACAAAAAUACGGAAACAGAGAAGUGAAGUUCAUUUGUUAAUCAAAAAGAUCUGCUUUAGCAGUCCAGCAAUUUGCAGCAUCUGGCCUAACUCUCACCAAAGUCCUAUAUUCAUAUUCUUCCUUUUAAAACUGUGAAGUGGAAAAAUUUUAAACUGAAAAUAGUGUUGAAAAUAUCUUGGAUAAAAACAUUUCAUUACACAGGAAAUGUACUUUUGACAUGAAACCUGUGCUGGUUUUCAGUCUGACUUCAAAAACCAGUGAAUCUUCCAUUCACAAAAUUCAUGGAGAUACAUUUAAAUUCAAAUUUCACUAAACCUCAAUCAACAACAACAAAAAAAUUACCUUCUGUCUUAGAAACAUUUUUUUCCUAAUUAUCUUAUAUUUGGACACUAGAACCCCAACUCAAAGAUGUGCUUAGACACACAUGCACAGUCACAAACAAUUAUGUAAAAUGCAUUUGAAACUGAGGGUAUGUUACUCUGAGAGACAACAAGAUAUUUAAUGGCUCUUGCGUUCUUCUGCAAUUUCACAGGCUCUCUCUUAAGAGAUGACUUAAGAUGCUUAGUGGGAAAUGUACAUUCCCUCCACUCCAUGUGUACAAAGUAGUCUGUCAAUUGUAUCUAGGUGUUAGUUGUUAAAUAAAAAAAUUUCUGCUGAGAUGA